AUGACGACAUCGACGACGUCUCCGCCCCUCGACGAGCUGCCGGAAGAUCUCCAUGAGGCGUCAGAGCAUGGGACACUCAAGUACUCACUCCUGGGUCCUUCUCUUACCAAGGCCGGGCAGGAUACCGUCGAUCAGUCCAAGGUAUCCGAGAUCAUCUACAAUGCCUCGAAAGGAUCAAAGUUCUUCAACCGCGAAGAAGAGCGUGACAAGACCUUGACGAAGAAGAUUGAACACAUCCUCGAAAAGAAACGCCAGCUCGAGAAGCAAGAUCUCAGUCGAGAGCUUCGCCUCGCGGACCAACUGAUCACACAACUGGAGAUGUCUCGAGACCUGACGCAAUACAUCGUGCACGUCGACUGCGAUGCAUUCUACGCUGCUGUAGAGCUGCUUGACCGGCCCGAACUCAAAGAUAUCCCAUUUGCUGUUGGGGGCGGUGUUCUGACGACGUGUAAUUACGUCGCGCGGAAGUAUGGAUGUCGGAGUGGUAUGGCUGGGUUCGUCGCUAAGAAGCUGUGCCCUGAACUGGUGUUGCUCAAGCUCAACUUUGAGAAGUACACGGCCAAGGCACAUGAGGUUCGCGAGAUUUUGGUUGAAUAUGAUCCUCGAUUCGAGAGUGCGAGCAUUGACGAAGCGUAUCUGAACAUAACGGAAUAUUGCACGAAUAAGGGCAUCGGGCCUGCCGAAGCCGUGGAACAGAUGCGUCGGGAGGUCCACGAGAGAACCAAAAUCACCGUCUCGGCGGGCAUUGCAGCCAAUGCGAAGCUUGCAAAGAUCUGUUCAAACAUGAAUAAGCCCAAUGGCCAGUUCGUUCUGCCAAAUGACCGGGGAGAGAUCUUGCGUUUCAUGGCCAAGCUUCCGCCUAGAAAGGUCAAUGGCGUUGGUCGCGUACUUGAGCGACAGUUGGCCGAGAUUGGUAUCAAGGCUUGCGCGGACAUCUACCCGUACCGCCAGUUCCUCCGACCUCUCUUUGGCGACAAGGCCUACGAAUUCCUGAUCAAUGUCCAUCUCGGCUUGGGACGCACCAAGAUCCAACCUGCGGAGGAGUAUGAGAGGAAGAGUGUUGGCACCGAGAGUACUUUCAGGGAUAUGUCUGAUCCCCAGCAGUUCAGAGAAAAACUGAAGUGGACGGCGGAGGAAUUGGAAAAGGACAUGAAGAGGGCAGAAGUCAAAGGUCGCACGCUGGUUCUCAAGGUGAAGCUUCACACAUAUGAAGUCUUCACGCGGCAGAUCGUGCUCCCGAGAGCAAUUUGCCUGGCCGACGACCUCUAUCACUUCUCUGUCCCCAUCCUGUCAAAGCUGGAGGAGGAAAUGCCGGGUAUGAUGCUGCGCCUGAUGGGCCUACGAUGCACACAUCUCGUAAGCACGAAGAAACCAGACACGAUGGCCUUUUUUGGGUUUCGAUCGCGGAGGCCUGAGUCAGCGGCAUUGCCCGACAAGACUCUCAAGCCCAUGCACUAUGGAGCCAGUGAUGAACUGGACGACGACGGUUGGGAGCAGUGGCCUGAAGACGAAUUGCUACCCCUCGGUGAUCAUCAUGAGAACCAAGCAGUGGACCACGAGAGCGAUGGCACCCAUACCGACAGCGGCCCAAGCCCAGCUAGAAGGCAUGGCAAGGAGAUCCUGCCGAAUCCUGUGCCUAAAUACGCACCCAUCAACGAUGAGAUGUGGGACUGUCCAAUCUGCAAUCGCCCACAAGCGCCGGACGAACGGCAGUUCAACGAGCAUAUCGACCUCUGCCUCUCAAGACAGACCAUCCGCGAAGCCGUGCACGAGGACACAUCCCCUGCGCCGCCUUCGAGGUCGACCACACCAGACAUAAAGAAGGCCAAGGUCGGUGGAGAGAAGAAACGCGGCAGGCCGCCAGCAAGACCGCCAAGUGACGACCCACGGCAGAAGAAGCUUUGUUUUGGAUGA